GCAAUGGCCUCGAUAUUAGAGCAGUAUGAGAAUGACUUGUCCCAGGCUAGCCUCUCCAACCAGGGCCGGAGCCCGGAUAUCCCGCUGUCUGGUUAUGUAAAUGCUCGUCUAGAGAAAGAAAUGCCCAUAUUUAACAAGCAAAGGAUUGAUUUCACCCCUCCGGAGAAUAUCAACAGCCUGUUUGUGUGUAGUAACCAGCUGUGUAUGAGCUUGGGAAAAGACUCCAUUCUGAGAAUAGAUUUGAUGAAAGCAGACCAGCCCAAUCAAGUGGACCUAGGGCGUAAAGAUGAUUUCAGAGUCCAUAAGAUUUUCUUGGAUCCCACAGGUUCUCACCUCCUGAUCUCUGUGAGUUCCAGUGAAUGUCUCUAUCUUAAUCGAAAUGCCCAGAAAGUGAGAACUCUUUCUCGUUGGAGGGGUCACUUGGUUGAAAGCAUUGGAUGGAACAAGCUUUUGGGCAAUGAAACAAGCACUGGGCCAAUCCUUGUUGGAACUGCUCAGGGUCUGAUAUUUGAGGCAGAAAUUUCUGCCAGUGAAGGUGGCCUUUUUAGCACCAACCCUGACCAGUACUUCCGAAACAUUCACACGCUGGAGGAAGAGACAGGUCCUGUCCCCGUUUGCUGUCUGGAAAUAAAUCGCGGUUAUGAAAAUAGGUUUUCUGUUAUUGCAACAACUCCCAAAAGGCUAUUCCAGUUUGCUGCUAAAAUACCUGAGGGAACUGAACAACAGGGUUUCACUCCCCUUUUUAACCAGCCUGUAGAUGACCUUCCUAGUAUCCAGGAGUUUCCGGGAAGUCUUGGUUAUAGCGAGAUUGCAUUUUAUACUCAGAAGCUUCGUUCCAUUCCAAGUUCUUUUGCUUGGAUGAUGGGAAAUGGAGUCCUUUAUGGUAACUUGGAUUUCUCUCGCCCAGACUCCAUACUGACAGAUGUGCAGGUCUGGGAGUAUCCAUCCAGUGUUGAGAAGCCCAUGUCUAUUGUGCUCACUCAGUUCCAUUUUCUGCUUCUGCUUCCUGACAGAAUAAAGGCAAUUUGCAUUCUUAACGGGCAAGUGGUUUUUGAAGAUGUUUUUACAGAAAAGUUUGGGCCAUUAAAAAAGAUGUUAAAAGAUCCCAGUAUAGGUCAGAUCUGGAUUCAUACAGAGAGAGCAGUGUUCCGAUACCAUGUGGAGCGAGAGCCGAGAGAUGUUUGGAAGAUGUAUAUGAGCAUGGGCAAAUUUGACUUGGCCAAGGAAUUCUGUAGGGAUCGGCCUGAAUGCAUGGAUACUGUGCUGGCUAGUGAGGCUGAGCACUGCUUCCAGAGCAAGAAAUACAUAGAAAGUGCCAAGUGUUAUGCCCUCACCCAAAAAUACUUUGAAGAAGUAGCUCUGAAAUUCAUUGAAGCCAAACAAGAAGAAGCCCUCAUGGAGUAUCUGCAGAAGAAACUGUCCAACCUGAAAUCCUCUGAGAAAAUUCAAGUCACUUUGCUAACAACAUGGUUGACAGAGCUCUAUUUAAAUCACCUGGGCAUUCUAGAAAGCGACACCUCAAAGAGAAGCUUUUAUUUAAAGGCCCGGGAUGAGUUCAGGGCAUUCCUAAGCAGCCCACGAAACAAAGAAUGCCUCUUCAACAACCGGACUUCAAUACAUGAUCUCUUGGCCAGUCAUGGAGAUACUGAGCACAUGGUGUAUUUUGCAGUAUUAAUGCAAGAUUAUGAAAGAGUAGUUGCCCAUCAUUGUCAGCAUGAUGAUUACAACGAAGCCCUCAAUGUCUUAUCAAAGCACAAAGAUGAGAAACUGUUUUAUAAAUUCUCCCCUGUGCUGAUGCAGCACAUUCCCACCAAGGUGGUAGAUGCCUGGAUUGCAAUGGGCAAGAAGCUAGACCCCAAGAACCUCAUUCCUGCUCUUGUUAAUUACAGUCAGAGCGCAGGCACUCAGAUCAACGAGGCCAUAAGAUACAUGGAAUAUUGCGUUUAUAUGAUGAAAGAAACUGAACAAGCCAUCCACAACUACCUGCUUUCUCUUUAUGCCCAGUUCCGACCCGAUUCACUGCUUUCUUACCUGGAAAAAGCUGGAACGAAUGCUAAUCGGAUUCACUAUGAUCUGAAAUAUGCACUGCGUCUGUGUGCAGAACACGGACAUAACCGAGCCUGUGUCCAUGUGUACAAGGUUAUGGAGCUGUACGAGGAGGCAGUGGAUUUAGCUUUAAUGGUGGAUGUGGACCUGGCCAAGUCUUGUGCAGAUUUACCAGUGGAUGAUGAGGAGCUGCAGAAGAAGCUGUGGUUGAAGAUUGCUCGCCAUGUGGUUCAGGAGGAGAAGGAUGUGAAAAAAGCCAUGGUCUGCUUGUCCAGCUGCCACCUCCUGAAAAUUGAGGAUAUCUUACCGUUCUUUCCUGAUUUUGUGACCAUUGACCACUUCAAGGAGGCCAUUUGCAACUCCCUUGAAGACUACAACAAACAUAUUGAGGAGCUGAAGAGGGAGAUGGAAGAUGCCACCCUGAGUGCCAAACGGAUCCGGGAGGACAUGCAAGAAAUGAGAAACAAGUAUGGAUUAGUGGAUCCGCAGGACAAGUGCACUUUCUGUGACUUCCCACUCCUUAACCGCCCCUUCUAUCUUUUCCUAUGUGGCCACAUGUUUCACUUUGACUGCCUCAUGCAGGUCGUUGUCCCUAACCUGCCGUCUUACAAACAGGUAAAACUGGAGGACCUCCAACAGAAGCUGGCAGCUGCCGUGCAACCUCCAAAGAGCCGCUCUCAGGCCAAGGAGGAGGACGCUAUAAAUCUUGGCAAAAUACAGCAAAACCGCGAGCAAAUAAAGGCAGAUAUUGAUGACAUUGUGGCCGCCGAAUGCGCCUAUUGCGGUGAACUCAUGAUUCGCACAAUUGACAAGCCCUUCAUAGAUCCACAGAAAUACAAGGAGGAGAUGCUUUCUUGGCUUUAGCUUUACAUUUUAGGCCGAAUGUGAAUAUUACUAAUGCACUUUUGGAAUUCCAUACCAUUAAUAAUUUUACAGUGCUAACGAAGGAAGACUUGGGUAAUUUGCACUGCUUUUGUGUAGUCUUUGUCAUGGAACGGUUUCUUUCACUGAAUCACUAGCGCUUUUUCUUUUUGUGAAACAAUGCCUGUUCAGAGUGGGGACCGGUUGGCUUUAUAAGCUGCAGGUAGUACUCCGAAUCUCAGUACCGAUACCUUGUACUUUCUCUUAAAUUUAAUUUUUAGUCUCUGUUUUCCAGAGAGUUUCAGUAUACCCAUUGGUCUGAAUCGUCCCCUUUUCUUUCUCAUACACUAGGUCUUUUAUUUCUGAAUGGUGAGGUUGUCUGAAAUAAAUGGCCUCCAAACGCCCAUUGUAUUUGUCUAAAGGCAAAAUGAAGUGCACUUUGUUACUGACUGCUUGUAUAUUCUGCCCUACACUAAAAUGCCACUGUUGUCUUUUCUUUCCAUAACCUGAGGAACUAGCAUGGUGUGUGUGGUCUGAUGGCCAGACUGAGGUGUAAGGAAAAGAUGUGGACGUAAUGUAAUAAAAGUUACUUCGGUGAGUAA